AUGUUUUUUCAAGGUAGAAUUUCAGGAGACGUAGGUAAUUAUUAUUAUGGACAAGGACAUCCAAUGAAGCCUCAUCGUAUACGCAUGACUCAUAACUUAUUGCUCAAUUACGGCCUUUACAGAAAUCUAUUUCUUAAUUCUUCAAGAUCCACUUUUGAGGAGAUGACCAAAUACCAUUCAGACGACUACAUGAUGUUUCUCAAAAACAUUCGACCAGAUAAUAUAUCUGAUUACACAAAACAAAUGCAGCGUUUCAAUGUUGGAGAGGAUUGUCCUGUCUUCGAUGGGGUUUUUGAGUUCUGUCAAUUGUCCUGUGGGGGAUCAUUAGCUGCCGCAACAAAGCUCAACCGCAAACACGCUGAUAUUGCCAUUAAUUGGAUGGGAGGCCUCCAUCAUGCCAAGAAAAGUGAAGCUAGCGGAUUCUGUUACAGUAACGACAUCGUGUUGGCUAUUUUGGAGCUACUAAAGCAUCACCAACGUGUCCUCUACGUUGAUAUCGAUAUUCAUCAUGGCGAUGGAGUGGAAGAGGCUUUCUACACUACUGAUAGAGUCAUGACAGUGUCGUUUCAUAAAUACGGAGAGUAUUUCCCGGGAACCGGUGAUCUUAAGGACAUUGGAGCAGAGAAGGGAAAAUAUUACGCACUCAAUUUCCCUUUACGUGACGGCAUUGAUGAUGAGACCUACGAGAGUAUCUUCACUCCCGUGAUACGCAAAGUUAUGGAAUGUUUCCAACCAUCCGCUGUAGUUCUUCAGUGUGGUGCUGAUUCACUUACGGGCGAUCGACUCGGAUGUUUCAACCUAACAUUAAGAGGGCAUGGAAAAUGUGUCGCUUUUCUGAAAAAGUUCGGUGUUCCCUUGAUGAUGGUCGGUGGAGGAGGGUAUACCAUCCGAAAUGUCUCUCGUUGCUGGACUUAUGAAACAUCUGUAGCUGUUGAGACUGAAAUCGCUAACGAAUUGCCCUACAACGAUUACUUCGAGUAUUUUGGUCCUGACUUUAAGCUGCAUAUAGAAAGAUCGAACAUGACAAAUCAGAACACGAGGGAUUAUUUGGAAAAGACUAUGACGAGGUUAUUUGAAAAUCUUCGCGAGUUGCCCUAUGCACCAUCUGUGCAGAUGCAGCCGAUUCCACCGGAUGCCUUGAACAUGCCAGAUAAAUCGUUGCUGCUCGAUCACUCUAAUCCAGAUGUAAGUCAUUCCUUCACGCGGUUCGAUUCUCAUAUAGAACACGAGGGAGAGUUUUAUGAUACCACUAAGGAGGGCGCCAAAGAUGUACAGGUAAGUGGUGUUUUGUCUUGUAAUCUCACUCCUUUCAUUGCCUUAACACUCCACCCAUCGUCUAUCUGA